AUGAGCACCUUCGCUAAUCUACCCGUCGAGAUGGUCGAAUAUGUGUUCACCUUCGUACGCCAGAGACCCGACCAAGGCGCUGCCUGUCUGGUCAGUCGCUCAUGGAGACAUCAUAUGGCACCUAAGAUGUGGGAAAAGCUCGAAACCAACUUGAGAGAAUCUGGUGGCCGCUCUUUGAGAACGUUACUGAAAGCGGAUUCCAAUAUCUUGCCCCACGUACGAGAACUGAAGAUAUGCAGCCUGACGUCUAUGGACGACACGGAGGACAUGGAAGACCGUCUGAGGCUGUUGGUAGCAGCGCUUCCACGCGACAAACUUCGUAUGAUUUAUUGCACCUACUACAUCACGGACUCGACCUUCCAGCAGUUGUUGCUUUCGCAACGCAAACUCGAAAGCAUUCAAGUUGAUACUACGUUUACGAAUCUUGACCAGACAGGCGACUCUCACUUUCUGUUUCACGACUAUCACUCAUGGACAGCCUCGAUGAUGUCCGAAGUGAAGCAGAUAAAAUUUGAUAUCGGUAUGGAGGAGGAUGGACAAGCCGAAGAGACCUUCAGAAUCUUGCGCAAAGCCUUGGAUGAAUGCCCACGACUAGAAAACCUCAUAUUGAUCGACCCAAUGGCGUUCCAAGACUCUCUACAGGAUAUACUCUCCUACGCAACUGGAGGCCAACUAUUCUUCCAACUCACAUCUGUGACCUUUGAAGGAUUAAAUCUCGUGCCAGAUCGCUCACGACCAUUCUGUCACAACUUUAACAUCACGAACUUGCAGCAGAUGAAUCUUAAGUUAUGCGAAAAUGUUAUUCAGUUUCUGGACAGCCUGACCAAGUCCUACUCUGAGAUGUCUGGGGCGCUGAAGGUGCUGUCAAUCGAGCUGCUAGAAGACGAUUCUACGCCAUUGGAAACUACAAGCUCUAUUGAGGGGUUUCUCAAAGCCUGUCCCAAACUUAAGGACCUCUGUCUAGUGCUUGCUACAUGCCCCCUUGUAGGCAAAGACUAUCUCUUGUCUCACGCGGACACACUGCGUUCGCUUGUCGUUAGCACCUGGGGGCCUGAGCAGCGCGUAUACUCAAAACAGGAUCUAGGAAGCAUCUUAAAGGCCUGCAAAAGGCUUAAAUGUCUCGCGAUCAACUUCCCGCGGAUCAGGCUGGGGUCUGUCACCAAGCCAGGUCGAGAUCUCCGCUUCAAUGAGAGUGAAGAGGGCGCCGAGGGCCUUCUGGCUCAGAUUUCGCGAUACUCUUCGCUCCACACUCUUGGAAUGCUCAACUUGCCUGAGCUCACAUUCGACUAUUACCCGAAAGACCACCGAACUCCCGCAAUGGUGCCCAAUCAAGCCAUCCUUCAGUCCUACAAUUCAGCCAUGCAGAGCUUUGCCAACCAGGUCUUUCGCUACAUGGCGCAGUACGGCACAUCUUUAAAGGUCUUUCACGUCGAAGCUGAGAGUGUGUUUGGAAAUUCAGCAGACCUGACCGUUGUUCCGGUGUUUCAUAACUGGCAUGAUUUCACUUACAUCAGCGGAAAUGUCCAAGACGGAUCUGGCAUUGAUGUAGCAGUGCGAGUGCCAUUGAAAGCUGCGCGCAGAGAGUUUCCCAACGACUUCAUCAUACAGAACUUUGCCAGAAAAGGAUCGCAUAUCUAG